AUGCCCCGCUAUUGCGCAGCGAUUUGCUGUAAGAACCGCCGGGGACGAAAUAACAAAGAGCGGAAGCUUAGUUUUUACCCAUUUCCUCUCCAUGACAAAGAAAGACUUGAAAAAUGGUUAAAGAAUAUGAAACGAGAUUCAUGGGUUCCAAGUAAAUACCAGUUCCUGUGUAGUGACCAUUUUACUCCUGACUCUCUUGACAUCAGAUGGGGUAUUCGCUAUUUGAAACAAACUGCAAUUCCAACAAUAUUUUCUUUGCCUGAAGACAAUCAGGAGAAAGAUCCUUCCAAAAAAAAAUCUCAGAAGAAAAAAUUGAAAAGUGAGAAAGAAGUAUGCCUAAAAGCCAAGUCAGAAGAAUCUUUUGCAUCAAAUGAGCCAAAGAAGCAUCCAGUUAAUACAGAUCUCCUCCCUGAACAUGCAGAAUUACUUGAAUCAUCUGCCUUGGUAAAGCCACCAGAUCCAAAAGCAGAAAGUGGGCAAAGUAACAUAUUAACUCUUAGUCUAGUUAAACAAGAUACCAGAAAACCAGAAUCUACCUUGGAAACAUCAGUUAACCAAGACAUGGGUAUAGGUGGUUUUCACACAUCAUUUGAGAAUCUAAGUUCUACAACUAUUACUUUGACAACUUCAAAUUUAGAGGGUAUUCAGCAGCCUUUAGAAACCCAAGAAGUGAUUGAAAUAACUACUAAUCAUCUUGCUAACCCACACUUUACAAAUAAUUCUGUGGAAAUUAAGUCAGCACAGGAAAAUCCAUUCAUAUUCCGCACAGUUACUCAAACAGUUGAAGAAUUAAACACAGAUAAAGAAUCCAUUAUUGCCAUUUUUGUACCUACAGAAAAUUCCAAACCUGCAAUUAGUUCUUUUAUACCUGCCCCCAAAGAAACAGUGGAAAUGGAAGAAGAUAUAGACAUUGAAGACUCAUACAAGGAUGUAGACUAUGAGACAGAAGUUUUACAGACUGAGCAUUCUUACUGCAGACAAGAUGUAAAUAAGGAACAUCUGUGGCAGAAAGUGUCUAAACUACAUUCAAAGAUAACUCUUCUUGAGUUACAGGAACAACAAACUCUAGGGAGAUUGAAGUCUUUGGAAGCUCUUAUAAGGCAGCUAAAACAGGAAAACUGGCUAUCUGAAGAAAAUGUCAAGAUUAUAGAAAACCAUUUCACAACGUAUGAAGUUACUAUGAUAUAG